AUGACAAUGUCAGGCUAUAGUUUAUACAAAAGAAUUAUUGUAGUGUCUUCAUUACUCUUCAGCCUCUUCUCAUCUUGCUAUGCUGCUGUUACGGUCAACUCUUCAGAGCUGUAUCUCUCGGCAGACUUCGACAUUACCUCGACUGUUCAAACCAGGAACUACAGGUGGACUCUGAGUGAGUGUCUUACUGAGACUGCGAUUGAAAGUAAUGAAACGGCGGCUCCAGAUGGAUACACCAGAAAUAUGCUUGUAAUAAAUUCUCAGCUAUAUUCCUCAUCAGGUCGCAAUGUUUUUGAGCUGAGAGCUGACAGAAUAUCUAAAACUAUCACCCUCUUGGCGUUGCAGGAAGGGGAUACAAUUAAUAUCGUAGUAACUAAUACCUUGAGUGGCUCUGUUUCUAUCCAUUGGCACGGCCUUUACCAAAAAGGCACGGCAUGGAUGGAUGGUGUUACAGGUGUGACCCAGUGCCCAAUUCCAGCUGGUAGCACUUUUACGUAUACAUUUACCAUCAGCGGACAAUAUGGCACAUUCUGGUAUCAUGCGCACUCUCAGAACUACGCCGCGGACGGCGUGGCCGGGCCGCUCAUUGUUCAUAGCGUGAAUGAUCCGUUAGUAAGAGGAGUUGACUAUGAUCAAGAUGUGGUACUGUUCAUCAACGAUUGGUAUCAUAACUUGAGCGCCCUAAUUUUGGAUGGGCAACUUUCACCCGAAGGUUACCUGGGUUCAGUUGCAGCACCAUCUCCUAAUUCGGCUUUGAUCAAUGGUAUCGGAUAUUUCGAUUGCACGAAUGCCAAUCCUGGGUCAACUUGUACAACCCCAACAAAGUAUUUGACAUUUGAUCUUCAUGCUGGUCGGAAAACUAGACUUUGCCUCAUAGAAGGUGGAAGUCAUGCUCUUUUUCGAGUAUCUGUUGAUCAGCAUACACUCAAUGUGACAGAGGCAGAUGCAACUGGAGUGGCCGGACCAACAGCGGUUCAUCGGGUUCCUUUUCAUAAUGGAGAGAGGUACAGUGCAAUUCUUGAUUUAAGCGAUGAUACCGUUGGAAGUACUUUCUAUCUUAGAGCAGCCAUGGACACCAAUUGCUUCGCUUGGCUUGCACCUGGAAUGGAUGGACAGGCAGCAACCGCUCGAGCGAUCAUCAGAGUAGUCGAUGCUGCAGCCACUGCUUAUAAUACAACAGUGACCACUCCAACUUCCACUGAUUGGUCCGAUAGUGUUUCUGGAGAUUGUCUUGACCUAGAUCCUGACACUUUAGUACCAUUAGUCCCAGAAGACGCAUGCACAAAUGUUUUGGGACGCGUAUUCUAUGAGUCAAGUUUUGGAUUUGUGACUUCAACUGAAAACUCAACUACUGUCAGUUUAGGUCGUUUUUUCGUCAAUGAUACAACCUGGUUAACUUAUGUCUAUCAACCUUUGUUAAGUGAAAUGAUUUCAGGAGGACGAGGAUUUCUUAAUACCUCAGAAGUAGCUGCAUUUACAAUGGAAACCAAUGGAUGUUAUGACAUUGUUAUCAACAAUCUCGAUGCUGCAAUUAACCAUCCAUACCAUCUUCAUGGGGUUGAUGCCAAAACCGUAGCCACCGGAACUGGUGAACUCAAUGACACAGUCGCUGCUACCUUGACCUAUAAUACCACCAAUCCAUUGAGAAGAGACACUCAAGUCGUCCCAGGUGGAACGUACAGAGUUUUGAGAGUAGUUGCUGACAAUCCAGGUGUUUGGAUCUUACAUUGUCAUAUUGGAUGGCAUUUAGGUGCAGGAUUUGCAGGGGUGAUUGUCAUGAAUCCCACUUCAUUGAGUUCAAUAAAAUUACCAGCUGCAAAUCAAGCUCUAUGUGAUGGAGAAACUCCUGAAACUACUGACGAGAUUGAGCCCGGGAGAAGAAAACGAGGUUUACCUUGA